AUGCACCCACGAAACCAUUGCACCCAUCCCGACCCGGCCCAGUGCGAGCGCCCAGGACUGCAAGAAGCGACCGGGAUCCCUGACCUGGCCAUGUCGGACCAGCGCUACCACCAGGUCCUCCUGCUAGCCCUUCAACGCCUCGCGCCGCACCGGCGCGCCAUGAGUAAUGCCAGUGUACAUAGGGCAUGCGUAGACGAAUAA